UAAGAAUGAAGUAGCACUGGUGGUUUUUUUUUUUUUUUAAAAAAAAGGGGUUAUUCUUAAGACAUAGGAUGGACCACUCUUGUGCCUUGGUUUCAAAAUUUCUCACUUCCCUCUCUCUCCUCGUCCUCCUCUCUUUGUGCCCCACAGUGUUAGUAGUUUCUGCUCCAGCUAUUGCCAACACAAGUAGAGACCAAGAGACCCUCCUUUACUUCAAGUCCCGGCUCUCGGACCCUCUCAGAGCCUUGGCCUCCUGGAACAACGAAUCGCCGGACUUCUGCAAGUGGCGCGGAAUCACUUGCGGCAGCCGACACCCGUUUCGCGUCACCGCACUAGACCUCGACUCGUUGAGCCUAUCGGGCCCCUUGCCGUCCUGCAUAGCCAACCUCACUUUCCUCGAAAGAAUUCACCUACCGAAUAACCGACUUCACGGCAACAUCCCGCAUGAUAUCGGCCGUCUAUUUCGACUCCAGUACCUCAACCUCAGCGUGAACUCACUCGACGGCGAGAUCCCGGAAACUUUAUCUUUUUGUUCUCGUCUUCGCGUGAUCAGCUUGCACGGCAACGAGUUGAACGGCAAGAUUCCAUACAACCUCAGCAAAUGCCUCAGUCUCCAAAUUCUUGGCCUUAACAAUAACAUGCUCGAAGGUGAGAUUCCCCCAGGGUUUGGCUCCCUUCCCAAUCUUCAAACGCUCGUGCUUACGAGCAAUAAUCUCGCAGGAAACAUUCCUUGGUUGUUGGGCAGCAGCUCUUCUCUGAGCUUUGUUCGCUUGGAGAACAAUAAACUUGGCGGAAAAAUUCCGCCCUUUCUCGGAAAUAGCUCGUCCCUUCACAUUCUUCUCCUCUCUAACAAUAGCCUCACAGGACAGAUCCCUCAAACUCUCUUUAACAGUUCGAUGCUGGCUAGUAUCGAUCUUUCAAAUAACAGACUAACAGGGCCUGUCCCGCCUUGCUCAAAGCUUUCGUCUCCCCUUUCUUAUCUUGCUUUGAUGGCAAACAAUCUCUCGGGAGGCAUUCCGCCAUCACUGGGAAACCUCUCUUCGCUCGCCGUCGUCUCCCUUGCUACGAAUAAUUUAGAGGGAAGCAUUCCAGAAAGCUUAGGCCGCAUUCCUGGCCUGCAACGGCUAGAAUUAUCCGAAAACAAGUUGACCGGAUCGAUACCCUCCUCUAUUUACAAUAUAUCAUAUCUUACCUACCUUGGUUUGGGAGGAAACAACCUAUCCGGCACGAUACCACUAGACAUUGGCCACACUCUUCCAAACCUUCAGAAUUUAGCCAUGAAUGAAAAUCAGCUCGAAGGCCAGAUCCCGUCUUCUUUAUCCAACAUUUCUGGCCUCCAAUCUGUUGAUCUCUCGGCUAACUCAUUUGAUGGAGUGGUGCCUCCGAAUCUAGGAUCUUUAUGGAAGCUUCGUAUUUUGGAUUUUGGGUUCAAUCUGCUUCAAGCUAGCGAUUGGAGCUUCCUUUCUUCUUUAACUAAUUGUAGCCUUUUGGAGAGAUUAAUUCUGCAAGAAAAUGAGCUGGAAGGUACCUUGCCAAAUUCCAUCGGAAACCUCUCGCCGCGGCUUGAAAGGUUGCUAAUCGGAGCUAACCGAUUAUAUGGAACAAUCCCCGAUGAGAUCGGAAACCUCGUUAACCUCACUGUUCUUUAUCUGGAUAACAAUCAAUUCACCGGGAUUAUUCCCGCCACCCUAGGUAACCUUCAAAACUUGUUUCUCCUACGAAUAUCCUGCAACAAUUUAUCCGGCCCGAUACCUUCCAUAGGAAACCUCAAACGACUGAACCAUCUCUACAUGCAGGAUAAUGAGCUUAAUGGAAGCAUCCCAGUAAGCUUAGGGAGCUGCAAAAAUUUGUUAGAACUAAACCUCUCUCUCAAUAGGCUUGAUGGAAUUAUACCAAAGGAGCUUGUUAGCAUUUCCUCUUUUUCCAUAGCCCUCGAUUUAUCACAUAAUCAUCUAUAUGGACCAAUACCGCUUGAGGUGGGUAGCUUGAUAAAUCUUGGACGCUUAGACAUGUCCGACAACCGAUUAUCUGGCGAAAUUCCUUCCACUCUAGGUGGUUGUCAGCUUUUGGAGUACCUUCACAUGGAAGGCAACUUCCUUCAAGGAAACAUUCCUCAAUCCUUCCAAAAUCUCAAAGGUAUUAAGGAGCUGGAUCUUUCACGGAAUAACUUAUCCGGGCCGAUCCCAGAGUUCCUAAAAUCCUUUGGUUCUCUGUGUUAUCUUAACUUGUCCUUCAAUGACCUUGAGGGCGAAGUUCCAAAAGGCGGUAUCUUUAGCAACUUAAGUGAAAUAUCUGUCCUUGGGAAUAGCAAGUUAUGUGGAGGUGAUCCGAAAUUGCAACUACCACCUUGUUCUACUAGGCCCACUAACAGCAGACUACUAAGCUCUCGGGUUCUAAAAGUGGUAAUCCUGGUUGCAAGUGUCGUGACAAUUUUCUUGUUAUGUUUAUUCAUCUUUCUUCACCGAUCUAGAAAGGCAGGCAAAGCAAGUCAAUCAGAACAUUACUUGGCGGACAAGUACAAGAAAGUAACUUACACCGAUAUCUUUAGAGCAACUGAAGGGUUCUCUCAAGCCAAUUUGCUUGGUUUUGGAACUUUCGGGUCGGUCUACAAAGGAAUACUGGAUGUUGGACCGUACAAUAUUGCCGUCAAAGUUUUCAACCUUCAUCAACACGGAGCCCCUAAGAGCUUUACAGAUGAAUGCGAGGCAUUGAGAAAUAUUCGGCACAGGAAUCUCAUACAUGUCAUUACUUCAUGCUCGACGAUGGACCCCUCGGGUAAUGAAUUCAAAGCCCUGAUUUUUGAAUAUAUGCCUAAUGGAAAUCUGGAAAACUGGCUGCAUCCAACAGUUAGCAGGAAUAAUCAGACAAGGAGGUUAAAUCUGAUCCAGAGGUUAAGCAUAGCAGUGGAUGUAGCUUCUGCUCUUAGUUACCUACAUCACCACUGUGCGUCUCCAAUUGUUCAUUGUGAUCUAAAACCAAGCAAUGUUCUCCUGGACGAUGAAAUGAUUGCUCGCGUGACUGAUUUUGGGUUAGCGAGGUUCCUCCCAGCAGCUGAAUCUACAACAUCUAGGAAUUCGACAAGCUUGAUUGGGCUGAAAGGGUCUAUCGGAUACAUCGCACCAGAGUAUGGAAUGGGCGCCAAAGUCUCUAAAGAGGGAGAUGUUUACAGCUACGGAGUACUCCUACUAGAGAUGCUAACAGGAAAGAGACCCACAAAUGAAAUGUUUAAAGAUGGCUUGAGCCUGCACAAAUUUGUUAGCAUGGCAUUUCCAGAGAGAGUGGAAGACAUUUUGGACCAUGAGUUGUUUAAAGAUGCAGGAGAGCAUGGCCUCAAUUUUGGAAUGGAGAAUCAUACAAACACAUUUGUGUUUGAAAGAUGCAUCAUUCCGCUUGUCGAAAUCGGCCUAUCAUGCUCAGUGGAAUCGCCGAAGGAUCGACCGACGAUGGAGGAUGUUGCCCGUGCAAUUCUUGCAAUAAAAGAAGCAUUUCCCGUGGCCCAAGUGCAACUACUUUCUUAAUUUUGUAACAUAUUUGUCUAUUGUAAAUAUAUUGAAUGAAUACAACAUGUAUUUAAAUUUACGUAUGCACAAAAGGGUGAUUAAACUUAGACAGUGGUUGUAUAUGAUAAUUAAUUUGUAUUAGUGAUAGUUAAUACUAAUUUACGUGA